AAUUUAUGCUCCAUAUAAUUUUUAAGAUUAUUAUGUGUUGAAAUGUUUUGAAAGUAAAAUAGUUAAGUUAUUAAGUGUUUAAUUUUUACAUUUCUAAAUUAUUUUUAAUUUUUUAUUUAUUUCUGCGUGUGUGUAUUUAAGAAGAAUAAUUCCCGAAAUUAAGAUGAAUGGACAAAAUGGGCAAUCGUUAGAUGAUGACUUAGAUAGAAUUCACGGGAAAUAUCUUACUGUGAAUUCAACCGAACAAAUUCGCCGCCGAAGUUUUUCCCGAUAUACUCCAAAUGUACACGAAUCUCGAAUUUUAGUAUUGUAUACUGGCGGUACUAUUGGAAUGGUUGAAACAGAAAGUAAAAAAUCUCCAGAAAAUAAGUCUGGCCAAAUACCUGCUGAACCUGGGGCAUUUGAAAAAGAAAUUAGACAAUAUCGAGACUUACACGAUGAAAAGUAUGCAAACGAACACUUUCGAAAAGAUUCGCCAUAUCUUGUGCUACCCGAAUCUCCAGAGAAAAAUCGUGUUGUUUAUCUGAUUAAAGAAUUUGAACCAUUGUUGGACUCAAGUAAUAUGGGUGUUGAUGACUGGGAGAAAAUUGCCAAGAAUAUUGAGGAAAAUUAUCAAAACUAUGAUGGUUUUGUAAUUCUUCAUGGCACUGAUACAUUAGCCUACACAUCAUCAGCUUUAUCAUUUAUGUUAGAAAAUUUAGGUAAAACCGUUGUUGUGACGGGGGCACAAAUUUCUAUAUUUGGCAGCAGAAGUGAUGGUCGUGCGAACUUUAUGGCCUCCUUAAUUAUAGCUGGCAAUUUUCAUAUACCAGAAGUUACAGUAUUAUUUCAAGAUAAACUAUUCCGUGGCAAUUGUACUUGUAAAAUAAGUUCAAAUAAAUUCCAUGCAUUUGAAUCGCCUCGAUGUGCACCUCUAGCAGACAUUGGAAUAGCCAUUGAUGUGUUUUGGGGAAGAGUAUUUCGUCCAUUUGGCAUCAAAAAAUUUAAGUGUCGCAUAAAUUUGAGUAAAAAUGUGGGAUUGCUCCGUAUACAUCCAAAUAUUGAUGUGAAUGUAGUACGUGCCUCAUUGCAACCACCCAUACAAGGUGUUAUCAUCGAAACGUAUGGUGCCGGGAAUAUUCCAACAAAUCGAAAAGAUUUAAUUAAAGAGUUAAAAGCAGCCGUGGAAGCAGGUGUUCUUAUUGUGAAUAUAUCACAAUGUCCAGAUGGCAAUGUUGAGACUAUUUAUGAAACUGGGCAAGUUCUUUCAGAUAUAGGAGUUAUUUUAGGUUCCGAUAUGACUUCAGAAGCAGCUUAUACAAAACUAUGCUAUGUUUUGUCCAAAGAUGAAUGGGAUCAUGAAACAAAAAAAGAGAUGAUGGCUAAAAAUAUUCGAGGAGAAAUGACUCAAAAAAAGAAGACAGAUGAUUUGGAUAUGGUUGUUACAGUUGCUCAAAGAUUAGGGCGCACUUCAAAGAAAGAAGUCGAAGAAUUAAAGCUAUGGCUGGAACCAUUUUUACUAUCAACAGCAAUUCUAACAAAUGAUGUAAAUUCUUUAGUCAAAUUACGCGAAGCUAAUUGUAAUUUAUCAGCACCAAAUUUAGACGGGAGAACACCGUUACAUCUUGCAUGUACCUUAGGAAAUGUUGAAAUUGUGCGAUAUUUAUUAGAGUAUGGUGCUAAUGUCCAUAUUAAAGAUAAUUUCAAUCGAACAGCAUUAAUGGAUGCCAUACAACAUGGGCAUAAUGAAGUUAUUAAAUUAUUAGUUGAAUGCGGAGCACAUGUCAAUACAAAUGCGGAUAUGUUAAGUGAAUCACUAUCAUUCGCCGCUGCAAAUGGGUAUUUAGAUGUAAUUAAAUCUUUCGAAAUUGCUGGAGCUGAUUUAGAUACACCAGACAGCACUGGGCGCACGCCAUUAUAUUUGGCUUGUCUUAAUAGUCAUACAGAAACUGUUCAAUAUUUACUGAAAUGUGGUUGUCGAUUGGAUAAAACAGAUAAAUUAGGAGUAUCGCCCAGAGAUGUUGUUGAGAAAAUGGAAUUAUUCGAAAUUAAAAAAAUAAUUCAGUCGAUUCUAAUAAACAAAAACUAAAAAGGUGUUCGUUACUUAUUUCAUAUUGAAAGCUUAUAGAGAAAGUCAGCAUUGUACAUCUUAAAAAAGCACUCGACUAGAAAUUAUUCGAUUAGGUGUCGGUAUGCAUAAUUGAUUAAUCAAUUGUUUAUGGCUCCAGCUUCCUAUCAAUCAAGAUAACUAUCAGGAAAUAAACAGAUGCUUUGAUAAAUGUCUGAAAUGGUUGAAUUGAAGCCAUCACUGAUGUUUAUAUUAGAAUAAGUUUCCAUUUUUUGAAUAGGGAUAAUUCUAAAGUAGAUCUGAAUAAUAAAGUCCACGUAACGUGCAUAAAACUACCUAAAACCUAGUGUAGGUAAAUCGAUAUGUUUGCGAUUAAAUUCUUAAUUUUAAAGUGUAUUCUUAAGAAAAACGACUAUGUAAUCAUUACUUAAAUAAAUAAAAUGUGCUUUUGUGUAAUA